AUGGCGUUAUUAAAAAGUUCUAUAGUACGCCAAUUUUUUGCUACUACACACAGAGCCCUAGUGUCGUCGAUACGACCAUCGUCUAACGCCACAGUAGCAGAUGAGGAUGCGCCAGUAGAAAUCGACAAUCCUUAUAAAAAAGAGAAACCGCAAUGCAUUUUAUGCAAAUUAAACAUUACACCAGAAAACAAAAACUCCCGUCUUUUAUCACAAUUCCAAAGCCCAUAUACUGGAAGAAUCUAUGGAAGACAUAUCACUGGUUUAUGUAAAUCAAAGCAAGCUCUAGUUGAAGCUGAAAUAAAAAAAGCUCAAAACUGUGCUUACAUGCCAUAUUAUUAUAAGGAUAAAACAUUUUUGAAGGACCCUAAAUUGUUUGACCCUGAAAAUCCUAUUCGAUCGCACAGAUUU